CGAUAGUAGCGGCUAGCAUCGAUGUUUCACCGCUAAAGCGUUGUUUCUGAGAAAAAAAAAAUAUAAAGUCGCUGUUUUUGUGGUGUAGCGUCGUGUGACAGCAUUUGGUGAAAAGUAGCUUCUGGCGCGCACUGCGACGUAGAUACAACACAAAUAUUUUCUGUGGCACUUUGACAAGGUUGUGGAGAGGAGAAUAGUAGCGAAAAGCAAGCGACGUUUUUUUUUUUUGGAGGCCACGCAUAGAGAGGAUCAGGAACAUUGCCAGCCAUGUCGCAGUCGAAGAAGAUGCAGGAUCAGACACGUCAGUACGCGAAUGAGAAUGAUAACGAGAACGAGGAGUUGUCUUCGGACAUGGAGGAGCCAGCCGAUGCUGUGGAGCGUGAGGCACAGCAGGAGGGCCGCCAGGAUGAGAACUUCAACGAUGACAGCAGCCCUGGCAAUGAGACCCAGCAGGGCGGGGACGAGCAUGAGCAGCCGGAUAAGCAGCAGCCCCAGGAAUCGUCCGGGGACGAGCAGAAUAACCAUGGCAACGGGGAGGCAGCAGGCCCUGCCGAUAAAAAGCAGCAGCAACAGGGUGGCAAUAACGCCGCCACACCGCCGCAGGAGCAGGAGGAGCGCGUGAGCUCGACCAAUCUGAUAGUCAAUUACUUACCACAGGACAUGACCGACCGAGAGCUGUACGAGCUCUUUGCCAACUUCGGGGGCAUCAACACCUGCAAAAUUAUGCGCGACUUCAAGACCGGAUAUAGCUUCGGCUACGGCUUCGUCGACUACAGAACUGAGGCAGACACCGAGGUGGCUAUCGAUAAGCUGAACGGGUUAUAUGUGCGCAACAAGCGAUUGAAGGUCUCGUAUGCUCGUCCUGGCGGCCAGUCAAUCAAGGACACCAACCUGUACGUCAUCAAUCUACCACGCAAUAUCGACGAUGAUAUGCUCAACAGAACCUUCUCGCCCUUUGGCCAAAUUGUCCAGCGUAACAUUUUGCGUGACAAGCUCACCGGACGUCCGCGCGGCGUUGCCUUUGUACGCUUCAGCAAGCGCGAAGAGGCACAGGAUGCACUGAACUCGCUGAACAAUACGGUGCCACUGGGUUACACCCAGCCAAUUUGGGUGCGCCUGGCCGAGGAGCAUGGCAAGGCAAAGGCCGCACAGUUCAUGUCGCAGAUUGGCGGGCCGAUGGGUGGUGGUGGUGGCGGCGGUGGCGGUGGGGGAAUGGUUGGCCCACUGCAUAUUGGACAUCAGCCGCACCACCACCAUCACAACAACAACCACAACAACAACCACAACAACCAGCACCAUCCACACAUGCAACAGCCGCACCAGCAACAGCUGCAGCAACACCAUCAUCCACCGCAUCACCACCAGCACCAUCAGCAACAACACCAUCCCCACCAGCCGCAUAACCACAACCACAGCCACAGCCAUGGUCACCACAACCACCACCAUAACAUGGCCCACCAUCCGGCGGCGCACCAUAUGCAGCUGCACGGAGGAGUCCACGGCGGAGUGGGCGUCAGCAUGGGGAUGGGGGGCAUGGGGGUGGGCGUCGGAAUGGGAGUGGGUGUGCAGAUGCAUGCUGGAGGUGGAGGUGGUGGUGGGGGCGGUGGUGGAGCGGGUGGUAUCGGUGUCGGUGGUGGCGGUGGCGGCUACCAGCAUAUGGCGCAUAGAGGUAGAUCAAAUAGAACAACACGAUCUCAAAAACUGCAUCCAUAUAACAAUCAUGCACAGAAAUUUAUUUAAACACACACAAAAAAUUAAUUUCUUUACACCAAUAUUAGCUGCAUCUCACAGGUGAAGUGGUCAUGCUGCCAUUGCCACAUUGCAGCCACUCCAGCCGGCAGCCGUGCAAUGGCAGCAGCAUCCGCCGCAUCCACGUCCACAUCCGAAUCUGAAUCUGAAUCCUCAACCGCAAACGCAACAGCAACAGCAGUCGCGUCCACAUCCACAGCCAGAGCCAACACAGUCUCAUCAGCCAUCAUAUCAGCCACAGCAACAACACCAACAGCAGCAGCAACAGCAACAACAACAUCAACAUCUGCUGGCCACACAUCAGCCAACAACAGCACACCUGUCCACCAUCUUUGCCAGUCAACAAACCCCCAACCAGCAGCAACAGCAACAGCAUUCCCAUCCGUUCAGCAACAAUAUGAAUAGCUACAGCCAACAGCAGCAACAGCAACAGAUCCACAUCCAGAUACCCAGCCAGACGACCUACUUUGCUCCUGCUUACUUUGUGCCUGCCUAUCAAGCAGC